AUGACCGAGCGACGCGAUUUCCGGCAGACAAAGAUCAUCUGCACCCUGGGCCCAUCCUGCAGCACCCUGGACCAGAUCGAGAAGCUGGCCAAUGCCGGCAUGAACGUCGCGCGGCUCAACAUGUCGCACGGUGACCAUGAGAGUCACCGCCGCAACAUCGGCCAUGUCCACGACCUCAGCCGCCGGCUCAAUCACCCGAUCGCCGUGCUGGUCGACCUGCGCGGACCCGCCAUCCGCACCGGGGAACGCCACGAGCAUCUCGAGCUCGAGACCAUCCAUGUCGACUACGCCGACAUGCUGCAUCAAUUGGCCGUUGGCGACCCGAUCACGGUCGACAACGGCCUCAUCAGCCUCGAAGUGCUGGAGGUCCGCGAACGCGACCUCAGAUGUCGUGUGAUCGACGGCGGGACCCUCGGCUCGCGCAAGCACAUCAACCUGCCGGGUAUUCGCAUCAACCUGCCCUCGAUCUCUGAGCAGGACACGCGCGAUAUCCGCUUCGCCAUCGAGCAGGAUACCGAUUUCCUCGCCCUGUCGUUCGUGCGCAGCGCCGAGGCGGUGCGCGAGGCGCGGCGGGUCGUUGAGGACGCGGGCGGUCACCACCUGCGGAUCAUCGCCAAGAUCGAAAAUCAGGAAGGAAUCGACAACCUGGAUGAGAUCAUCGCCGAGGCGGACGGCCUCAUGGUGGCGCGCGGCGACCUCGGGGUCGAGGUCGAGUUCGCCGAACUGCCGGUCGCGCAGCGCAAGAUGGUGCGGAAGUGCAUCGUCGCCGGAAAGCCGGUCAUCGUCGCCACCCACCUGCUCGAAUCGAUGAUCGAAGAUCCGAUGCCGACCCGGGCCGAGGUCACCGACGUGGCCAACGCGGUCUAUGAGCAGGUCGACGCCGUCAUGCUGAGCGGCGAGACCGCCACCGGGGUCCAUCCAGUGCGCUGCGUCGAAGUGCUGGACCGCAUUGCGAGACGGAUCGAGAAGGAGGACGGGCUCGGCUUCCACAACGUGCGAAACCCGGCGACCGUGCGAGAGCAACUGGCCCGCGGCGCCUGCCGGCUCGCCGAUUCUCUCGACUCGCCCGCAAUCGUCGUGAUCACGCGACGGGGUCUGCUCGGCCAUCUGGUGAGCAGUUUUCGCCCGAAGAACGCCAUCAUCUACGCCUUCACGAACCUGAGCCCCGCGCGCCGCGCGUUAUGGCUGUCGCGCUCGGUCGUACCGUUCGAGAUGGAGCUGUCGACUGAACCUGACGAAACGGUUGUCGCGGCCUUCGAACGGCUGCGAUACCAUAAUCGGCUCGUAUCCGGCGACCAGAUCGUCGUCGUCUCGGAUGUGGCCACGGUCCACGGGAACGUCAGCGCGAUUCAGGUACGCACCGUCGACUGA